CAUUCACAUAGUAACACUCUGGGUACAUACGUGUCUUAAGGUCGAGAGUAGAAACCUCAGGGAAACUUCAACACUUGUUUACGAAUUACUCGAAACUCUCUCAGCUGUUAACUCUAAAAGUUGAUUGCAGACUUCAACGAACUCGGAGAAUAUAGUAUGGGCGUUGGUCGAAACACUUGUUGAACGUGAUUGGAACUGAUUCACCUACACAUAUCAAUACCAGGGCAUGUACCGUUCGAUUGAUUGAUUGACAACCAUGGGAACGCAAGACGAUACACUAACUGGCCGCGUACUGAUUAUAAUACAGGUUUUCAUAUUUAUUGGUUUCUCCAAUGCCGGGUACAAAUGUACGGAUGAUUGUGCAUACUCGCAUGACAAUUUGUGCGAUGAUGGAGGAGUGGAUUCAUACAGUAAUUAUUGUUACCUGGGAAGUGACUGCGAUGACUGCGGACCCAGAGAAGUUCCUGACACAACCACAGUUGCACCGCCAACAACACCAACAACACCAACAACACCAAGUUCAACAACAAGAACAACUGCAAUGCAUGCUAUGCAGACGACAUUUGUGCAUACAACCACUGCAGCAUCUGAAGCUGAACAUGCCCACACAACGCUGAACACUAGUACAGAUGCCAGCAAAACAACAGAUCUUCAGACAGAGGGACAUGAAACAUCAGGAGCAGAAUCCACUCACACCCCAGAAAUUGUCACAGAUGUUAUACACAGCUCCAGAACAGAGUAUGAAGUGAUGUCAAUGAUGACAACCAAUGAAAAUGAAGAGAACAAUGUAACAAUGUACAAUAUAAGAACAGAAGAACAAGAAACAGAGGUUGUAGAUAGUUCUACAUUGGUUGGUACAGAAAUAGUGAUUACUGGUUUUACACCAACAGAAGAACAAGAAACAGAGGUUGUAGAUAGUUCUACAUUGGUUGGUACAGAAAUAGUGACUACUGAUUUUACACCAACAGAAGAACAAGAAACAGAGGUUGUAGAUAGUUCUAUAUUGGUUGGUACAGAAAUAGUGACUACUGAUUUUACACCAACAGAAGAACAAGAAACAGAGGUUGUAGAUAGUUCUACAGUGGUUGGUACAGAAAGAGUGACUACUGAUUUUACACCAACAGAAGAGCAAGAAACAGAGGCUGUAGGGAGUUCUACAUUGGUUGGUACAGAAAUAGUGAUUAUUAGUUUUACACCAACAGAAGAACAAGAAACAGAGGUUGUAGAUAGUUCUAAAUUGGUUGGUACAGAAAUAGUAACUACUGAUUUUACACCAACAGAAGAACAAGAAACAGAGUGUGUAGAUAGUUCCACAUUGGUUAGUACAGAAAUAGCGACUAAUGGUUUUAAACCAACAGAAGAACAAGAAACAGAGGUUGUAGAUAGUUCUACAUUGAUUGGUACAGAAACAAUGACUACUGAUUUUACACCAACAGAAGAACAAGAAACAGAGGUUAUAGAUAGUUCUACAGUGGUUGGUACAGAAAUAGUGAUUAUUAGUUUUACACCAACAGAAGAACAAGAAACAGAGGUUGUAGAUAAAACACUGACUACUGAUUUUACACCAACAGAAGAACAAGAAACAGAGGUUGUAGAUAGUUCUACAGUGGUUGGUACAGAAAUAGUGACUACUGAUUUUACACCAACAGAAGAACUAGAAACAGAGGUUGUAGAAAGUUCUACAUUGGUUGGUACAGAAAUAGUGACUACUGAUUUUACACCAACAGAAGAACAAGAAACAGAGGUUGUAGAUAGUUCUACAUUGGUUGGUACAGAAACAUUGACCACUGGUUUUACACCAACAGAAGAACGAGAAACAGAGGUUGUAGGGAGUUCUACAUUGGUUGGUACUGAAAUAGUGACUACUGAUUUUACACCAACAGAAAAACAAGAAACAGAGUUUGUAGGUAGUUCUACAUUGGUUGGUACAGAAACAAUGACUACUGAUUUUACACCAACAGAAGAGCAAGAAACAGAGUCUGUAGGCAGUUCUGUAGUGGUGGGUACAGAUGUGGGGUCUACUGGUGGAGCACAAACAGAAGGGCCAGAAACAGAGGUUGUAGAUAUUUCUACAGUGGUACAUACAGAAAUGGUGACUACUGGUGGAACACCAACAGAAGAGCAAGAAACAGAGGUUGUAGGUAGUUCUACAUUGGUUGGUACAGAAAUAGUGACUACUGGUUUUGCACCAACAGAAGAACAAGAAACAGAGGUUGUAGAUAGUUCUACAGUGGUUGGUACAGAAAUAGUGACUACUGAUUUUACACCAACAGAAGAAUUAGAAACAGGGGUUGUAGAUAGUUCUACAGUGGUUGGUACUGAAAUAUUGACUACUGAUUUUACACCAACAGAAAAACAAGAAACAGAGUUUGUAGGUAGUUCUACAUUGGUUGGUACAGAAACAAUGACUACUGAUUUUACACCAACAGAAGAGCAAGAAACAGAGUUUGUAGGUAGUUCGACAUUAGCUGGUACAGAGGUGACGACUACUGGUUUUACACCAACAGAAGAGCAGGAAACAGAGUCUGUAGGCAGUUCUGUAGUGGUGGGUACAGAUGUGGGGUCUACUGGUGGAGCACAAACAGAAGGGCCAGAAACAGAGGUUGUAGAUAUUUCUACAGUGGUACAUACAGAAAUGGUGACUACUGGUGGAACACCAACAGAAGAGCAAGAAACAGAGGUUGUAGGUAGUUCCACAGUUAUGGGUACAGGAGUGAUGACUACUGGUGUAACACAAACAGAAAAGCAAGAAACAGAGAUUGUCGGUAGUUCUAAAGUAGAUGGUACAGAAGUGGUGACUAGUGGUUUGAUGCCAACAGUAGAGGAUGGAACAGGGGUUAUAGAUAGUUCGAGAUUUGCUAGUACAGUAAAAGUGGCUACUCGUUCAACUCUACAUAGUACAACAAUGGUGAGACCAACUGAAGAAGAUACUGAAUCUACAACUGUUGUAUUAUCGACCCUACCAACUAUUCUAGCUGUCUAUGUCACCUCGACAGAAGUACAGAUGGCAGAUGAUUCCUAUCUCCGGGAAUGGUCUGAUUCAGUUGCACUGACAUUUGAUCUGAAAUUAUCAACUAAUGAAAGUUUACAAUCAGUGAGCUUGAACAAUGACUGGAAGUUAAUCAUUUACAUUAGAGAUGUUUCAUCCACAAAUGAAACCGUAAAUGAAAGAUUGCGUCCAUAUGAAGUUGAGGUUGACAACUUCCAAAUCUCCGGAUCAGACUUAGUGUUUAAUGAUAUAAUUGUCAACAUGAACUUGUCUGGUCUCCUAUGUUCCGAAAUGACAUACAUAUGUAUUGAGUUAAUAGCCUAUGAUGGCAAUGGUACUGAUCUUGUUUUCAUCAGAGAACCAGUUGAUUGUGUUUCAAUACUUUGUAGAGGUGUGGAAAUAGCUCCAUUCGUAGAUGUGGUAACUGGGAGCAAAUUACGUGAAGGUAUGGACGACCAAAGCUUUCAAUUUAACCUUAUUUUGUAUCCGGAUCCUGAGGCUGGAAGCAUUGAAGGGGAAUAUCUAUGGACACUAACAUCAUUCUUCAGCCAAUCAAAUGACGGAUAUGGAAAUACAGAUGCAGGAACUGUACACAGUCUGACAACUGACCAAUCGGGAAUGUCCUUAUAUAGUGGUAUUCCAGCUUCGUGGACUGGUUUUCGUUCGUCUGCAAUAAAUAUCACUGAUAAGCUUUGCUCAGAUGUAUCCAAGUAUUUCUGCGUUAAUAUCAGCAAGAGUAGUCUCUCUAAUCCCGAUUUUACGUUUGGAAACCCCGUAAUGACCUGCACCCCAACCCCAUGUACAGGUGUGGAUGUCGUUGACACCAGGUUGUCAAUUGUAAGCGGCAUCGUUGUGAAAGAGCAUGAAUCUUCCCAGUAUUUCAACGUUUUCGUUACAUUGUUAUCUAGUCCGGAUUUUGGAGACAUUGAGGGCGCCAGUCUAUGGAACGUCACGAUGUACGUUAACACACAAGGGAAUGCUAAUGUCGGGGACGUCAGUGCUCUCGCGGUUGCUGAUAUACCGCGGGAUAUGCGAGAUCUGAGUUUGUUAGCUGGCAGCAAUGCUAUUUUGGAAGGGGUCGAAGCGUUUAUGGACUUGGCUGAGCUGAACUGUAGACAGAUAAGGUAUCUGUGUGUCGAUGUGUCACGUGAUCAGACGUCAGUGCCUGCGUUCACAUUGACUGGUAAAUUACAGACAUGCGCAGAAAUAACCUGCCGAGGUGUUGAGAUCACUGACACGGAACUGAUCGUAAAAAGCGGUACAUCGAUCGUCGAAAGAUCGGGGAACCAUUCCGUGACAUUCGACGUCUUAUUGUCGUCCAAUCCGGCAGCAGCUAGCAUAUCAGGUGAUCGCCUGUGGGAGAUGUACGUCUACUUAAGCGAUGUUGAGUUUGACGACACCCAUUCGUUUGCGGCAACGUACCCAGUGUUGAGCUCGGUGGAGGAUACCGAUCUCACUGCAGGCGUGACGCUGGCUCUCCUGGGCAUUGAGGCGUUUCUGGAUAUAGACAGCCUGACGUGUGACCAGAUGCGGUAUAUUUGCGUCACCGUCUUCAAAGGAAGGUAUUCCAGUCCAGAGUACACUUUGACUGGUGUACCAGACCAGAAUAUUCUCACUGCCUGUCAACCCGUAACGUGCACUGGAGUGAUUAUCAGCACAGAUUUGCAGCUCUCGGAUGAUUUCUACUUAUUGGAGGGGGUAGAUAACCAGCACAUCUCCUACACUAUGACGUUAUUUGCGUCAUCAGCAGGGGCAGGCGUCAGUGGAAUGAACCUUUGGGAUAUAAGGACACAAUUACGAAGCAUAGAAGACGCCAUUGUCGACACGAGUAAUGGAACUAUACAAGAAGUAAACACUACACUGAACGCUGGUGGCGUUUUACUUAUGUCAAAUGUGAAAUCGGUCCUGUCGUUAGAAGGCGUCCUGUGUCAUCAGUUUUUUAACAUAUGCGCCAUUCUAAAUAAAAACAGCAAUGCCAAUACGGAGUACACGAUAGAAUAUGACAGGUCUACGUUAGUUAGUUGUAGAUCUGUUUCUUGUAAAGGUGUUGAAAUAAUUGAAGUCGCGCCAACUAUCAUGAACGGAGACAUUGUAGCCGAGGCAGAUGACGCACACGCAGUUAGCAUAAACGUUGGCAUGACGUCAUCCAUAUACGGGACGAACAGAACAGGAGCGGGCAGUUGGGCACUCGAGGUAUUCGUCACCAGCGAUGACGUCAGAAUGCCCAAACUCGUUAAUCUGUAUGCGACACUUACUGCAGCGCAACAGGAUACCGAGUUGAUCGGCGGGAUACCCUCUGUUUUGUCCAAUAUUGAAGUAGAGCUGGACGUGUCGGCUUUACAAUGUAGUGAAUUCACUCAGUUAUGUGUUGUACUACACAAGGGAGACAAUGCUGAACCAGAUUUCACGUUAGGUGUCCUGCAAGACGAAAAUGCUUUACCUGGAUGUGCUCACUUGAGCUGUCAACGUGUUGCCUUCAAUAUUUCCGCUAUUAAUGUAACAACGUCAUCAUUCACGAUACGAUGGGACGAAGCUGUCGGCGACUUUGAUGGCUACUACAUUGACGUAUCACCAGCGCUGACAGGUCUUUCCUCCUCAUUUAUCACUGAGAGAGAUGAACCGCGUGAAGCAAGCUUCUUUGAUUUGGAGUCUGGACAGGAAUAUGUUAUCAGUGUCGGUAUUGCCAAAAAUGGUUUCCCCAAAAGUACAGGUGUUACGCAGUACACACAAAGAACAUUUCCUGAGAAAGUUGAUUCAUUGCGUGUAUCCAUGGUAACUGAAACUGAAAUUCACGUAGUUUGGGACAGACCAGAUGGAGUUGUUUCUACAUACGUGAUAUCCAUACAACCUUCUGAGGGGACAGCAACCUUACCGAUCACACUACCGAGUGAUUCAACGACCGCGUCAUUCUCUGGUCUAUCACCGAUGUCACAGUACGUCAUCACAAUCGUGACGUACGCCGGUAGUUUACAAAGUAAGGAGGUACCCGUCAAAGUCAUUACCGGAACUAUUCCACCCGUGUUGGAAGUCACCAGCUUCACCAUGGAUACCAUCACCGUGGCAACCUAUGUGGACAACAGACUAUCACACGGGAUGUUACAUUUAUCGUAUUUUCCAACGGACGCUGAACCAAUACCAAUAGAGCUAGAUUUAAAUAAGACUAGUUACGUCAUCACCGACCUGGUGCCCGGGAGACUGUAUACUUUAGAAGUAAAAAUUGUCGCUGAUAUUGACGGUGGAAGAAUUACCAGCAAUUCGGACAGAAAAUACCAACAAACAGAACCGAGUCCACCCGGAAGCAUUGUCGUAUCCAGGAUUACAGAAUUCGGAGCAAUUGUGAACUGGGAACCAUCAUCUGGUGAUUUCAACUUUUACCUUGUCACGUAUUCUUCAGCUAGUGUCAACACUGCGUUACCAAUACGUGUGAACCAUGGUCAAACGCCACAGCUGUCAUUGUCCGGUUUAAGCCCUGCGACUGUCUAUACUGUCCACGUCAGUACACGGAGUGGUGAACUUACAAGUCAGUCAGUUUCAACAACAUUUAAUACACUGCUUGCGCCACCCGGCCGUCUGUCUGUGAACGGAGUGACGUCGUCUAGUGUUCAAAUAUCAUGGUUGCCAGCAAUCAGUGGAUUGGCUGUGGAGUACUACGUGACGUAUGCGCCAUUCGUAGAGGGGGCGACACCAGCAUCGCCGUUUACGUUGAAUGGCACCUCUGUGAACAUAACCAAUCUCUAUCCAUUUACCAUAUACACGGUCACAGUACAAACUAGAAUUGACGAUAUGUAUAGCAGAGAAAGGGGCAUCACAGCAACAACUUAUCCUGACUUGCCGUCUUCAGUUAAAGGUUUUAACGUAACUGUAGAGUCGCCCUACCAAGUAACGCUAACCAUUCAACAGCCGUCAUUCGCCAAUGGCAUAUUGGAGUCAUAUAUUGUCAACGUUGUUGGCUACAAGGAGGGAUUCCCUCCACAUAUCCUCGACUUUGAAAUACCACCAGACGAGACUGAUGACAUCACAGAAUAUUUACUGGAAGAUGUGAUAGCCGGGUACACGUAUACGUUUACAGUGAAACCACAAAACUCUUUAGGCAUCGGACCUCUGCGAACAGCUGGUCAAGUUAUCAUGCCAAUCUAUCCUCCACCGAAACCAACUGCUUCACGUAUUACGGCAAAUGUUCGGUUUGUUGAGACCACCGCCUACACAUUGCGUAUUCACCUAAGUAAUAAUUUAUUUGAUGACAGAUUUGGAAUAAUUGUUGCUUACUUAGUUAUCAUUGCUGAGGACGGAGGUGAGUAUUCACCAUUGCCAGAGGUUCUUCCAUCAUAUGAUGAAGUCAUUGACAGCUCGCCGUGGCCACCAUACCAAACCAGUCAGCCAUUCAAUCCAUUUGAGACUUUAUCGAUUGGUAGACGGCGACGCAAUACACUGCAGACUGUUAAUUACAUCAUAGGCGCCAAGGAGAAUUGUGAUGUCAGUCUUGUUUACUGUAAUGGGGCCUUAAGACCAGUUACAGACUACAGGUAUGUCAUUCGUGGCUACAAUGAACUUGGUAACUACACCGAUACGGACUGGUCACUUCCACAAAAAACAGAUUUAGAUCCAUUCUGGAUUCUGUAUGGUGUCAUAGCAGGAUUAAUAUUAAUUGGCAUCAUUAUACUGAUAUGUAUAUGUUAUUGUUGCUGUUGUAGAAGAAGACGAUCAUCGACGCAAGACUCAGACAAGUUAUCGGAACCCCCGUCAUAUACGCCCUAUGCGUGCGAGAAUGGUGUGUUUUUUAAUGGGAAUGAACCCACCCUUGAGAAAACAGAGAAAUUGUAUACCCUGUCACUGAGGAGGAAACGAAAAUCAAGACCAGUACCGUUGAAAGGUUUUCGUGAUUAUGUGAAUGAAUUAGACGAAGACGACAGGAAAGGAUUUGAAGAGGAAUAUGACGAUCUCCGAAAACUAGUAGUGAGACAGCCAACAUCGGUGGGACAGCGAAUGGAACACAGAUCAAAGAACAGAUACACUAACAUUGUACCCUAUGAUAAUAACAGAGUUAUAUUGUCAGGCAGUGGGAAUAGUUACAUUAAUGCCAGUUAUAUUUCGGGUUCCAAAGGCUCACGAUCGUAUAUUGCAACACAAGGACCACUGGAAAGCACUUGUGGCGAUUUCUGGAAAAUGAUUUGGCAACAACGCGUGACCACUGUCGUCAUGAUGACGCAAUGCAACGAACUUGGAAAGAGUAAAUGUCACCACUACUGGCCACGAGAUACCCAGACACAGAUUUCGCACAGUGAUCUCACAAUAAGACUAACAUCUGAAACCAGGCUUCCCGAUUGGAUAAUACGAGACUUUUCAAUAGAAUCUAAUGGUGAAAUUCGUGCAUUACGCCAGUUUCACUUUACAUCGUGGCCAAUCACAGGGACGCCGUACGAUGCUGACCCAUUGAUCCGAUUUAUUGAAGCUAUUCGAAUUCAAGUCUUGCCAAAUAGCGGACCAAUACUAGUACACUGCAGUGCUGGUGUUGGUCGAACAGGUGUCUUUAUUGCAUUGUAUCACCUUCUAGAAUAUUUCUACACUAUGAUCCAGGUUGAUAUAUUUGGUAAAGUCAUAAAAAUGAGGAAACAAAGACCAUUUAUGGUUCAGACACAGGGUCAGUAUGAAUUCCUCUACUAUGCAAUUCAACAACAUAUAAAAGAGAAGCCACUGGGAACUAAUUGGUCCAUGAGAAAAACCAUGGAUAGCAACUGGACGAUAACAUAUGGCGGCACAGUGGAUCCUGAUGAUAGUGGGCCAGGUUUCUUUGAUCCUUAUGACCCGGAAGAAGUAUAAGGCCUCAGUGUGUGUUGCAAAGUAUUAUCAAAUGCCUCGUUUUGCCCGG